AUGAUUGAAAAUGCGUCCGAGUGGAAAUUGUACCUCAACAAAGCACAAUAUGUCAUAAAUAACACUCACCACACUGCGAUCAAAAACUCGCCUGCCAAAAUACUGUUAGGUAUCGAUUGCCGUAGUCACGAGGAUAAAUCACUGUCCGAUCUUGUAAAACAACUGGCACACAUCGACACUGAUUUAGUCACUGAACGUUCCUCAAAUCGCGAUAUUGCCGCCGAAGCUACCGAAAGGGUACGCACAUAUAAUAAACAGUAUUACGAUGUAAAACACGCCACGCCGAGCAAGUAUCAACCAGGCGAAUACGUGAUGAUAAGAGACACGCAAGCGAAACCCGGGCAAAGCUCAAAAUUUAAAUCGGCGUAUAAAGGACCUUACGUAAUCUCGAAGGUCCUGAAAAAUAAUCGAUUCGUUGUCACCGAUAUUCCGGGAUUCAAUGUCGCGUCAAAACCGUAUAACACUAUUGUUUCUCCGGACAAACUAAAACCUUGGAUCAAACCACUCGCGUCAACAACAAAUAACUGA